CCUAUGAAACGUCAGAUCACAGAUUCUGCCCACUUCGUUGCGCGGAACCCACGGACUAAACUCAUACUAAAACGAUGGAAAGAGGCAGCAUCUCCACCGGCGCACAGACAGCAUCCAUCUCUGUUGCGCACCAGCUCAGCUGCUCCACCAUAGAUGGCCCCCAGUUUCAUGGUAAUAUGGACGGACAGUGCGCGGGGUCCUCCAAAGUAUUACUGGCUUACAAGAACGCAUCGCAGCACCUGAGUUCAUCGGGAAUUAAAGCGGGCUUGGGGAUACUUAAAGUGGCUUCGUCUCAGUGGAAGCAGGAAAAGAAGACGCGCUCAGGGGCAGCCGUGAGGCAACUCCCCACCGCCAACAACAGUCACCCCUGCAAGAGAUCCCCACUGGACCAGCUGGCAGCUCUGGUUCUCCACGGUCAACCCCGGCAGCGCCAAAUUGGCCAAGAGCCAGCACCGACCAAGCCACAGAACUGUAAGCGCAUCGUAGUUCUUGGUGCGCCACGGGUCGGCAAGACCUCCAUCCUAAGAAGAUACCUUCGGGACGGAUUUGUGGAAGAGUACAAUCCUACCUCCGAGGAUUUCCUCAGGAAGCUGUUCCGUAUUCGCGGAGAGACCUACCAAAUUGAUGUCCUGGAUGCGUCCAAGGAACGGGAUUUCCCAGCCAAGCGGCGGCUGUCUAUCCUCACUGGAGAUAUUUUUCUUUUAGUAUUCAGUCUAGAAGACCGGAGCUCCUUUGAAGAGGUGUGCGCCCUGCGGUCGGAGAUUCUAGCCGUUAAAUCCAAGCUCACCAAAUCCUCUGUGCCAGAGCAGUGCGCACAGCGGCAGGUUGCCCUGGUGGUCUGCGCUAACAAGGUUGAUCUCCUGGAGUCUGAGAGACAAAUAUCCAAAGCAGAGGUGCUCCAAGCCCUCGGUGAUGACUGUGCAUACUUUGAAACGUCUGCAAAGGACAGCACGAAUCUAGAGAAAGUCUUCGAGACUUUGGCAAAGCGAGGUGGGCUUCCUACUGAGACUGGCCCGUCUCAGCACCGCAAAGUUUCCCUCCGAUCGUACCAGGCAAUGCGUACAGGCCGUGCGCCGGGGACGGGCAGCCAGACACCUGGGCGCGAUGAUGCCUGUGGCGCCCUGUACCCACUGGCCCGCAGGCCGAGUUUUAGCACGGAUCUCCGACAAGUCAUUGGGCCACACACUGCAAGAAAACCCGGCAAACCACUGGAGAAAUGUCAGAUUCAGUGAAGGACUAUUUAAAUAUGAGGGGAGCGAAUAAAACAACGAUUUAAGCACUGACAUUCAAA